CCGGAAGAGCCAGCGGCGGCUCCCAGGAUGAGCGGGUGGCGAUGCCUGCUGCGGCGGCAGCGGCGCUGACAGGACUCUAUGCCUUUCCGGCUGCUCCUUCCGUUCGGGCUCCUGUGCGUGCUGCCGCCCCUGCACCAUGGUGCGCCAGGUCCCGACGGCACCGCGCCCGACCCUGCCCAUUACAGGGAGCGAGUCAAGGCCAUGUUCUACCACGCCUACGACAGCUACCUGGAGAACGCCUUUCCCUACGAUGAGCUGCGACCUCUCACCUGUGACGGGCAUGACACCUGGGGCAGUUUCUCUCUGACUCUCAUUGACGCUCUGGACACCUUGCUGAUUUUAGGGAAUGUCUCAGAAUUCCAAAGAGUGGUUGAAGUGCUCCAGGACAAUGUGGACUUUGACAUCGAUGUGAACGCCUCCGUCUUUGAAACCAACAUUCGAGUGGUUGGAGGACUCCUGUCUGCUCACCUGCUGUCAAAGAAGGCUGGAGUGGAAGUGGAAGCCGGAUGGCCCUGUUCUGGACCUCUCCUGAGGAUGGCCGAGGAGGCUGCUCGCAAACUGCUUCCAGCCUUUCAGACUCCCACUGGCAUGCCUUAUGGAACGGUGAAUCUGCUUCACGGGGUGAACCCAGGAGAGACCCCAGUCACGUGUACGGCAGGCAUCGGGACCUUCAUUGUGGAAUUUGCCACCCUGAGCAGCCUCACUGGUGACCCUGUGUUUGAAGAUGUGGCCAGAGCAGCCCUGAUGCGCCUCUGGGAGAGUCGGUCGGAUAUUGGCCUGGUUGGCAACCACAUUGAUGUGCUCACUGGCAAGUGGGUGGCCCAGGAUGCGGGCAUCGGGGCUGGUGUGGACUCCUACUUUGAAUACCUGGUAAAAGGAGCCAUCUUGCUUCAGGACCAGAAGCUCAUGGCCAUGUUCCUAGAGUACAACAAAGCCAUUCGGAAUUAUACUCGCUUCGAUGACUGGUACCUGUGGGUACAGAUGUACAAGGGAACAGUUUCCAUGCCUGUUUUCCAGUCCCUGGAGGCCUACUGGCCUGGUCUGCAGAGCCUCAUUGGGGACAUUGACAAUGCCAUGAGGACCUUCCUCAACUACUACACUGUAUGGAAGCAAUUUGGGGGUCUCCCAGAGUUCUACAACAUUCCUCAGGGAUACACGGUGGAAAAGCGAGAGGGCUACCCACUGCGGCCAGAACUCAUUGAAAGCGCCAUGUACCUCUACCGUGCCACAGGAGAUCCCAUCCUUUUAGAACUUGGAAGAGACGCUGUGGAAUCCAUUGAAAAAAUCAGCAAAGUGGAGUGCGGGUUUGCCACAAUCAAAGAUCUGCGAGACCACAAGCUUGACAACCGCAUGGAGUCUUUCUUCCUGGCGGAGACUGUGAAGUACCUCUACCUUCUGUUUGACCCGACCAACUUCAUCCACAACAAUGGCUCCACCUUCGAUGCGGUGAUAACGCCCUAUGGGGAGUGCAUCCUGGGCGCUGGCGGCUACAUCUUCAACACGGAAGCUCACCCUAUCGACCCAGCCGCCCUUCACUGUUGUCGGAGGCUGAAGGAAGAGCAGUGGGAAGUGGAAGACUUGAUGAAGGAAUUCUACUCUCUCAAACGAAGUAAAUCAAGAUUUCAGAAAAAGACAAUCAGUUCGGGGCCGUGGGAACCGCCCACAGGGCCAGGCACCUUCUCCUCACCCGGAGACCAGGAGCAGGCCAGGGAGAAGAAGCCAGCCAAGCGGAAGGUACCCCUUCUCAGCUGCCCCAGUCAGCCCUUUACCUCCAAGUUGGCAUUACUGGGCCAGGUUUUCUUAGAUUCCUCAUAACCACUGGAUCAUUUCUUUUUUUUUUUUUUUAAUUUCUAUUUUUUUGAGACUAAACUAUAAUAAUAAAUCUGCUUUUGGCUAUUAU